GUGCUGGGGGCGGGCCUGCGAGCUGUUUGAAGGCGCGGCGCGCGGCGGGAGCAGCCAUGUCGGUGCUGCGGCCUCUGGACCAGCUGCCCAGCCUGAACACGGCCGCUGUCUUGCUGGUGGGCGCGGAGGACGCUCUUCUGCAGCAGCUGGCCGAGUCCAUGAUCAAGGAGGACUGCCCCUCCGAGCUGAAGGUCCACUUGGCCAACUCCCUCCCUCUGCCCUCCAGUGGGAAUCGGCCCCGGAUUGACCUGAUUGUGUUUGUGAUUAACCUUCACAGCAAGUACAGCCUACAGAAUGUGGAGAAGUCCCUGCACCAUGUGGAUGCCACCUUCUUCUUGGGGAAGGUGGUCUUCCUCACUACUGGUGCUGGACGGGAGCACCACUGCAGCGUUCACCUCAGCACUGUGGAGAGGCUGGCCCGCACCUACCGGAGCCCCCUGCUGUUCUGCGACCUGGAGAAAGAGGCCUUCCGAGCCGCCAUGGUGCAGCGCCUGGUCCGCCUGCUGCUGGUCUGUGCCGGCCACGUGCCCGGCGUCUCGGCCCUGAACCUGCUGUCCCUGCUGUGCAGCUCUGACAGCCCCACCCCGGAGGACCUGUGAUGGCCAGGCUGCAGUGGGGUCGGGAGUCAGUGGCAUUUCAGGCCCCUGCAGUCCCCCCUCCCCCCGUGCUCACUCCUUAUUCAUCUGACUCCUUACAGCUUCACUUAAGAGAUCAUCUGAACCAAGAUUCUGUGGCUAAAAACAGUUUGCAAAUCACUGGUCUUGUUCACCACAUUGAUUCUGAGGAUGAGGAAACUGACUCAGAACCAUUAUGGUGGGAGGGGGAGCUUGGACUCUGACUAAGCCCAGUCCCACUGCAGCCCAGCCCCGCUGGCCUUGUAGAACCUCCCACAGCCUAGGUUUUCCCCAGUGAAACUGCAAAUGUUCCUCCUGGACUUUCCACCUUGUCCAGACUGAAUGAAAUGGUGGGAUUGGGAUACCUGGGGUGAUGCUCCCCUUUUGUGUGUUCUGUGUGUCUCAUAAUAAAUCUUGUUAGUGCUGGCUUGGUGCCAGGCAGGCA